AUGAAUGAGAAACAAAUAUUAGGAGUUGCUGGUAGCAGUAAUGAUGUACACCUUAUGACAUUAGAAUAUUAUAACGAACAUAAAGAUGAACUGAAAGGAGAGAAGGGUGACACCGGACCACAAGGAAUACAAGGACCUCAAGGAAUACAAGGACCUCAAGGAAUACAAGGACCUCAAGGCGAAAACGGUUUGGAUGGAAAGGAUGGAAAGGAUGGAAAAACUGCUAAAUCAUGGAUAUGGGACCUUAUAAAUACUGGUUUAACAGCUGCUUCAUAUGGAGUUCUUCAAUACCAAAUCGGAAAGAUAUGGGCAGUACUUGGUGAAGAAGCUUUAGAUGAUGUUAAAAAUGCUUUGAACUUCAUUUCAAAUGGUUCGGAUACUAUUAAAACUUUAUCUGGUUGGAUGCAAGAAACAAGGAGUCAAAUAGAUACUGUAAGACGUAUAGCAAACAAUGCACGUACGGGAUUGGAUACUUUACGAAAAGCACAAAAUACACUAAAGGAAGCAAAUGAUAUUCUUGGCUCAGUAUCAGACAUGCAUGAAGAUUGGCUUAAAGGUAUUGACAAAUCUUUAAAAAAUCACAGUCAGUCUAUUGCUGACUACAAGAAAAGUAUAGAUUUUUUACAUAGUGCUAUGGACGUACAUGAUGGAAGCAUAAGGAACUUACUUAAUGCUAACAAUAACUUACCAGGAACUAUUAAAGCAUUUAUAAAGUCCUUUGUAAAACCCGGUGCUCUAACAUUUAGGUCUUUGAGAGCAAGAGCAUUGAAGUCAAGAGAUGCAGAAACUCCAAC